AUGCCCGCUCGUACUAUCCCGUCCGCUACGUCGAACGUCGCACCCGUCGAGAAGAAGAAGUUCAACGUUGUCGAGACUCUUGCAUUCAACCCUUGCAUUCACCACGGUCCUAUCACCUCUGGCAAACAGGCGCUGGUCGCCCAGAUCCAACAAGGACGUUUCUCCGGGAAAGACGGUGACGAGUGCAUCAAGCGCGUCUCCCUUCAAGUCCUCAAUGCGCUCCGCUUUCUGCACAAACACACAAUCGCGCAUCAGAGUAUCUGCCCUGAACGCGUCAUAGCGUCCGAUGACAGUGGACUCAAGUACGCUCUUUGCGGAUUCGACGACGCAACGACGGAGACGAGUGUGGUCCCCCGCGACGCGGGGAUACGCGCCUACAUGGCUCCCGAGUGCUGGGCUAGGACCGACAAUAAGGCCUAUGACCCGCGCACAGCCGAUAUCUGGGCUCUGGGAAUCCUUCUCGUGUAUCUCAUCACCGGCGCGACACCCUGGGACGCCGCGCAGUCCUCCGACGCGCGCUUCGUGUCUGCCUGCGUCUGGGGCGUCCCCGCUCUCAAGCACUUGCACGUCACCCGCCACGGAAAGCAGAUCGAGCUUUCCUUCCUCCUCUUCGCCAUCAACCCCGCCGAGCGCAUCACGUUCGACGAGCUGGCCACUACGAUCCAGUCUGCGAAGAAGCUGCAGAAGAAGCACGAGAGCGGAUGGAAACUGCUGCGUAGCAAGACCGUCACUGCCGCCAGCCCGGUCGAGGUGCAGAAGGACGGGGAGGAGUCGGCGGCGGCGAAGAAGAUGAAGGCUAUUGAGCUGCGCUUCUGCGCAUCGGACGUGGUGGCUCAGGUCAUCGCGCGUCCUGACCAGGCCGUGAAGCGCAUGGAGGCGCUCAGGAGCGCGGCAUUCACGGCAAACAUCGACAUCGUGUAG